CUCCCAGUUCCUUUCCAUUUCUCAGGUCUCCUGCACCCACGUUGAUUUCUCCCCUUCCAAUCGGUGAGUUCUAAACCCAAGCAAAUGGAGGGGACCGUAUUCACGCCAUCACUACAAGGCAUUAAGAAUGUGAAAUCAGAGAGUGGUGUGAUCCUAACAAAGCCAUUUCUUGAAGUUUGCAAGCACAUUCUCCCUGUGCUUGAUAAGUUUGGAUCUGCUAUGUCAAUUGUGAAGAAUGAUAUUGGUGGUAAUAUCACGAGACUGGAGACGAAAUAUGCAUCUGAUCCUUCAAAAUAUGAGCAGCUGAACAGCAUGGUGCAAGUUGAAAUUAGCUCCAAGACAGCAAAAAGUUCUAGUAGUUGUACCAAUGGCCUUUUGUGGUUGACAAGAGCCAUGGACUUCCUGGUUGCGCUGUUCCACAAUUUGGUACAGCACCCAGAUUGGCAGAUGUCACAAGUUUGCAGUGAUGCAUACAGCAAAACUCUCAAGAAAUGGCACGGAUGGCUGGCAAGUUCAAGCUUUUCGGUUGCCAUAAAGCUUGCUCCAGACAGGAAGAAAUUCAUGGAGAUCAUUAGUGGCUCAGGUGAUAUCAAUGCAGAUAUCCAGAAGUUCUGUGUAUCUUUCUCCCCAUUGUUGGCAGAAAACCAUAGGUUUCUGGCUAGUGUCGGUAUGGAUGACCUGAAGGCAUCUUGAUGCUGUACGCUUUAUUGAUGAGACUAAUCAGCUUGCACAGAAAUCAUUUGAGUGGUUGUCAUUGUCUAUUUAUGUGUAAUUUAUACUAUAUAUUUGGCUCUGUGUUUGUACAACAUGUAGCUGAUGGCCUUAAUUCCAUAGCUUUUUUUUUUUGAGGCAAUGACAAAGGGAACUGUUGUGAUCAAGUUUA